AAAUAGAAAUUGAGCAUCUUGAAGGGGGUGGUCUUCCAUGCAACAAAUUUCAUUUCCUGUUAAUCCACCAGUGGCAUGCUCCUUGGUUUCACUCUUUGCUUACAUAUGAUCUCACUCGCUAAAAGUUUCGAUGAUAUUGGUUGAUAAUUUUCCAAGAAAACCAACAAUAUCCUUUAUUUCAUUGUUCUCUUCCGGUUUUGAUACAAGUCUCCAACCUAAUGGUGGUGGGUGGGCCUUCCGCUACAGAAGCCAAGCUAGUAUUACUAGAAUGCAGCAUAUAUAAGAGUAGUGUCCAGAGUCCACUUGCAGCAUUUGGUCUCUAUAAAUAUUUCACUUUUAUUUAUUUAUUCAGUAACCAGUUGGUUUGCAGCAGACAGGAGGACAGCUCUGCAACAAGAUCAAAGAACAGUUAAAGAUAUAAAAUUUCUUCACAUUCUCUUUCCCAUCAACAAGACAUUCGACCUCUUUUGCUAGUCUUCCAUGGCUUUGAUUCUCUCUCUUUCUACUGCGUUUUCAUCUGCUGUAAGUAAUUAGUUUUACUAAUCUCUUAUUUUGGUGUCAUGGAAAGGAAGAAGAAGGAUCACAAAAUUGCUUCAGCUACUACCCACGAGCCUGACUCUAAUGACUUGCUGAUAAUCCUACUUUAUAACAGAUUGAACUAUGGUGAAUCUGAUGAUGAACAGAGCAAGAAAGAACAAAACCAACCCACUGUUGCAUUUGCUACUAAGAGUAUGGGAGCUUGUAUUCCUUCACAUGACAAUGCAGCUUCCCUCAAUCAGCAACUCCCUUCAAUUCUUCAAUUGCCAUACACAACUCAAAAUAAUGGAGAACAGCCUUCCUCCAGUUCAAAACCUUGUAUAUCUGCCCAAUCACCUCCGUCAAUAGCUGUCAGUCAAUGGCAUCAUUUACCUUAUCUGCCAUUAAAUCCUGCUAGUCAUCAGGGCCAUCCACUACCUCAACAGACCCAAUCAACCACACCAUUAUGGUUACCUCAGCGUCCUGGUUACCAUAUGCCUGCUGUGAAUGCACCUGCUAUAUUUCAGCCAUUCACUCUACUUGGAGCGGUUAAUACUAGUUGUCAGGCUCCUGGAUUAAUAGGAGGUGAAACUUCAUCAAAAGACCAUCCUCAGGUUCCCAAUUUCGGUUACCAACAUGGUUUCAUAUAUCCAGGCUUUCCAGGGCCUUGGGAUCCAUCAUCUUGGUGGGGUCAAAUUCAACCAUCACAGCCUCCUAGCAAUUAUUUGUUCCCAGGAGCAUAUGGCUACUCUUCUUUACAAACUCCAACAGUGCCCGAUUAUUCAGCAUCCCUUGGACAAUCAUCUCAAAGGGGGAUCAUUAGGCCACCCGCGAAACUUUCUCAAAAGCACCAACAACUGUGGGAAUCUCAAUCAGCAGAGAAUGUUCAACUAUGGACUGUAAUUGGACAGUUGCAAUCAGAGCUAGCUGAUUACAAGAGCCACAUAACGAAGCUUGAAUCAGAGGUUUUAUCUCUGAAACAAUCAAUGGAAGAGUCCACUGCUCAUGUGACUGGGACUGUUGUAUGUGGACAAGCAUCAAAGAGAGGGAGACCAAGGAUAUCAACUGCUUCAGUUGAUGCAUUGCCUUCACCUGCUGAAUCUCAACCCCGAACUCGAGGUAGAAAGCCCAAAGCUCAUAUAUUUGAGAAAGUUAUCCUAAACAAGGCAGAAAAUAAAGUAAAAUCAUCUAAUCCCACUACUAUUACCCAACAAGAUGAUAAAAAGGUCUCAAAUGUGAUCACAAACAAUAGCAGUGAUGUGGGAAUUAAUGGAAGUAAGGUGAUGAUGCCUUCAUUCCCCAAUCAAGUUCCCCAAGAAAUUUCCCAAAUGCAGAUGUCUGGAGUUGAAAAGAAUGAUGGAAACACUGGAGUUACAAAUGAUGCCUUUACAGUUUUGACACAGGAAGCUAAGGGAAUGGACCAUAGAAGUGCUUUAGCUUCCUUUUUAGGAGCAAGAAACAAUGGAAGUCUCGGAUGGCCUUAUACAAUCACCCCUGAAGGCGGUGGGAGAACUUACUUAGACACCAGUUCUCAAGGUUUUUACAAUAAUGGUAGUGUCAUCAGACAAGGUGGAAAGGUAAUUCCUGGAUGGAGUUUUGCAAAUGAAGAGGAUGCUUCUGAGGAGGUUGAAGAUGCUGUGGCAACAUCAGCCAAGGAUGAAAAUGAGGAGGAAAUGGGAGAUGAUGCCACCUCAGGUGGUGAAGAAUUCACCUGUUCAAAGGGUGAAGAUCUGCCUCAUUUCAGUAACUGGUGAAAAAAUUGUCUCGCUUUCCUUGUGCACACUGAGGGGGUUUCUCUGUCUACUUUUGUUGUGAUAAACUGAAUAGAUUAAAUUGACAAAAGGGAAUUCUGCUCGAUUGGGCCAACUUUUGCCCAGGCAUAGUAAAGGUUUGCCCAAAAUUUUGUAGGGGAGCAGGAUUUUAGCUGUGACAUUUUUUGAACUUGCCAACUGCCAAGUGAUUAAUUUGGUCAGCUGUCUGUAGUUAAAUUUCUCCCUAUGCUAUUGCCUCUUUCUUUGCUAAA